CGGCCGUCCAGCGGGAGGCGGAGCGAGCCCAAAAUGGCGGCUCUCAGGCUGGCGGGCUCCUUGCUGCUGGGGUUUUGAGGUGGUCGCCCGGGGUCUAGGGGAGGCUUCCCCGCCGCGGGGGCCCUAGAGGAUGAAUCGAGAAGUCUACUAAGGUCAGGCGGCGGGGCUGGAGAGCAGUGGCAGCAAGGGCUGCGGUGGCGUCUACACACCGGGAUGUGCGAGAGUUACUCCAGGUCGUUGUUGAGGGUCUCGGUGGCGCAGAUCUGCCAGGCGCUGGGCUGGGACUCGGUGCAGCUCAGCGCCUGCCACCUCCUCACGGACGUGCUGCAGCGCUAUCUGCAGCAGCUGGGCCGGGGCUGCCAUCGGUACUCUGAGCUCUAUGGCCGAACAGACCCAAUUUUGGAUGAUGUUGGUGAAGCUUUCCAACUCAUGGGGGUUAGUCUGCAUGAACUAGAAGACUAUAUUCACAAUAUUGAACCUGUCACUUUUCCACAUCAGAUCCCCUCAUUUCCUGUCAGCAAGAACAAUGUACUUCAGUUUCCUCAACCUGGAAGUAAAGACGCAGAGGAAAGAAAAGAAUACAUUCCUGACUACCUGCCACCCAUCGUGUCUUCUCAGGAAGAGGAAGAAGAAGAGCAGGUACCCACUGAUGGAGGCACUUCAGCAGAAGCUAUGCAAGUUCCCCUGGAAGAAGAUGAUGAACUGGAGGAGGAGGAAAUUAUUAAUGAUGAGAAUUUCUUGGGUAAAAGACCAUUGGAUAGCCCAGAAGCUGAAGAAAUGCCAGCCAUGAAACGACCAAGACUGUUAAGCACUAAAGGAGACAACUUAGAUAUAGUAUUAUUGGAAGCUCGAGAACCACUCAGCUCAAUAAAUCCUCAGAAGAUUCCACCAAUGCUUUCUCCAGUCCAUGUCCAGGACAACACAGACUUAGCACCUCCAUCCCCAGAACCACCAAUGUUGGCUCCAGUUGCAAAAUCACAAAUGCCAACUGUAAAACCAUUAGAAACAAAGUCUUUCACUACUCCUAAAACUAAGACUAAAACGAGUUCUCCAGGGCAAAAGACAAAGUCACCUAAAACUACGCAGUCCCCAGCAAUGGUUGGAAGUCCUAUUCGGUCACCAAAAACUGUAUCCAAAGAAAAGAAAUCACCUGGACGUUCUAAGAGUCCCAAGAGCCCUAAGAGCCCUAAGAUUAUGACACAUCUUCCACAACCACCUGUCAGACCUGAAACACCAAAUAGGACUCCUUCAGCCACAAUAAGUGAAAAAAUUAGUAAAGAGGUCAUGCAGGUGAAACAAGCACAAACACCGCCUGAUGCUGGGAAAAUGAACAGUGAGAUCCAGCCGAAAAAGGCUGCUGUAACAGAUAAGACAAUUGAUGACUCUAUUGAUGCUGUGAUUGCACGAGCCUGCGCUGAACGGGAGCCAGAUCCUUUUGAAUUUUCUUCUGGAUCAGAAUCCGAAGGAGAUAUUUUUACCAGCCCUGUGAGAAUUUCAAGUUCGGAGUGUACCACUCCAAAAGCUUCUACUUCCUCAAACAACUUUACAAAGUCAGGAUCCACUCCUUUGCCUCUUUCUGGUGGAACUUCCAGUUCUGAUAAUUCAUGGACGAUGGACGCCUCAAUUGAUGAGGUUGUGCGAAAAGCAAAGAUGGGAACGCCUACAAACAUACCUCCCAACUUUCCUUACAUCUCUUCCCCUUCAGUUUCUCCUCCCACUCCCGAACCUCUCCACAAGGUGUAUGAGGAGAAACCCAAGUUGCCUUCCUCAGUGGAUGUAAAGAAGAAGUUGAAAAAGGAACUAAAGACUAAAAUGAAAAAGAAAGAAAAGCAGAGAGAUAAGGAGAGGGAAAAAGAUAAAAGCAAGGAGAAAAAUAAAGAGAAAGAGAAAAUGAAGGAGAAAGAGAAGGAAAAGGAAGCCAGCAAAGAAACUAAGUAUCCAUGGAAGGAAUUUCUUAAAGAUGAAGACUCAGAUCCCUAUAAAUUUAAAAUAAAAGAAUUUGAAGAUGUUGAUCCAAAAGUGAGAUUGAAAGAUGGAAUUGUGAGGAAGGAAAAAGAAAAGCAUAAGGAUAAGAAAAAAGAUAGAGAAAAAGGCAAAAAAGAUAAAGAUAAGAGAGAAAGGGAAAAAAGUAAAGAUAAAGGUAGAGACGAUAAGAUGAAAGCUCCACCGACCCCUCUUGUAUUACCCCCUAAAGAAAUGGCCCUGCCCUUAUUUAGCCCUGCUGCGGCUGUGAGGGUCCCGUCCAUGCUACCCUCUUUGUCACCAAUGCUUCCAGAAAAACUGUUUGAGGAAAAAGAGAAACCGAAGGAGAAGGAGAGGAAAAAAGACAAAAAGGAGAAGAAAAAGAAGAGAGAGAAAGAGAAGGAGAAGGAGAAGAAAGAAAAGGAAAGGGAGAAAGAGAAAAGAGAGAGAGAGAAGAGAGAAAAAGAAAAAGAGAAACACAAACACGAGAAAAUCAAAGUGGAACCAGUUGUUCCAGCCCCAAGUCCAGUCAUCCCGAGGUUGACUCUCCGAGUUGGUGCUGGCCAAGACAAGAUUGUCAUCAGCAAAGUUGUUCCAACCCCCGAGGCUAAGCCAAGCCCCUCUCUGAAUAGACCUAAAACCCCACCACCAGCCCCAGCCCCUGGCCCGUUGCACGUGAACCCCACCCCCAUGCCGUUACCACUCCUUGCCCAGGCCGCUGCGUGCCCAGCCCUGCUGCCCUCUCCAGCCCCCACCAUCUCCGGAGCAGGCAGCUCCAAGGCUCCCGUACGCAGCGUGGUGACAGAGACUGUCAGCACCUAUGUGAUCCAAGACGAGUGGGGCAAUCAGAUUUGGAUCUGUCCUGGGUGUAACAAACCUGAUGACGGGAGUGCCAUGAUCGGUUGUGAUGACUGUGAUGACUGGUACCACUGGCCCUGCGUUGGAAUAAUGGCUGCCCCCCCAGAAGAGAUGCAGUGGUUCUGCCCCAAGUGUGCCAACAAGAAGAAGGAUAAGAAGCACAAGAAGAGGAAGCACCGGGCACACUGAUGCCUGCUCCCGGGGCUGGACUGAGAGCGUCAAGCCAGGCGGCUGCCCUGGCGCCACCUUCACCCCAGGAUUCCAGUGGACCGUGACCUUGAGCAGGCUGAGGAUGACACACCAUCCCUUCUGAAUUACACUGGCCUGUGGCUCCGCACCGGCGUGAUGGAACAGAAACUCCAAUGUGUGGCCUGAGGGCUGCCCACCUCCAUUUUUCUAUUACCAGUGACAAGUAUUAUUAAUAAAAAGACCAUACAUCUUCCCAUCUUCCCUUUUGAUUUCCUUUAUUCUCUCCAGGGCCUUUUCCUUAAGGUAUUCGAUGAGACGAUAAUGUGCAAAUUGCCUUGACUGUAAUUUAAGGAUGAUAUCAUCAGUCUGUAUACAGUUUUCAACCCCUUUCCCUCUAUAGUAAGAAAAUCAUAACAUAACAGAAAACUCCAAUUGGAGUGCCAGUAAAUAUUUUUGUGAUGAGAAUAUAUGAAGCUUCCCCCACCCACACCCCUGUUUUUAGUACUAACAUGUAAAAUGUUCACGCUUUUGUGAAAUACCUUAUAUUUUUUAAGAAAAAGGUUUCUAUCAUGUCCUGUUUGCGUUUGUGCAAAUUAUUUUUGUUUACUCUGAUGUGUUUUAUAUCUUCGUUGCAUUCUAAUUUUGCCCUUCUUUAAACUGCUGGAGUCUCUUCUCACUGCUUGUAUAUUUCAUCAACUUGUAUAAAAAAAAGCCUUCAUACUAAAAGGUUUCCCCUAAUGUAAAUAAUAAAUAUUUAUGAAGUAGUUAUUUUUUAAAUUUU